GUUCCAGGUACAUAUGCUGGAACAUUUAUCAUUAUUUUAUAAUUAAUUUGUCACUUGGACAAUGCUACUGUGAUUCUCACCACAAUUACAAACUAUAGUGUUUAUAGGCAAUAAUUGUUAAUAAUUUGAUGUUAAAUCUCUUAAAUUAAACAUUCGAAAGAAACGACCACUUAAUAAAAUUAAAUUAUUUUGUCAAAAACUUGUCCCAUCAUGGCAAGCAAAACACGUGUUUAUUGAAACAAUAAAAUGAUAUAGAACUUUAAUCAUAAACAUUCAUAAAGAAACGUGUAAUUUGAUUGUUGUUUUGGAUUUACAUAGUGCGUAUAUAAAUGUGGUCAUACCGGCAAUAGUUUACCAAACUUUAGCGUAACUUGUACGUUGUGCUCGUGAAAACCCCGUAAUCACCGUUUCUCGAUAUGACUUUAUUAAACAACCUGAUCGAGGACCUUGUGGCGAAGGUGAUGAAGCACGAGAAUUACUUAACGUACAAAAUAGCGGACGAAGGUGAGAAUUCCGCCAAAGGUGACGGCUAUCUGGGAGAGAUAUCCUUUAUUACCGUUAACGCAGCGAAAAACGGCGUUCGAAAACCUUAUCACAUGGUGAUAAAAACGGCGAAAACGAGCGACGACUUCAGAAUGAAGACCCCCAUCAGGGAAGUCUUCGAACGAGAAGUUUACAUGUACAACACAAUUUUUCCCGCCUAUAAAAGCUUCUUCAACGAAUACUGCGUCGAAUUUCCUAAAGUUAACUUCCCGCACAUUUACGCUUCGUGUUUGGACAACAAGCGGGAGAGCAUCGUCCUGCAGAAUCUCAAAACCAUCGGCUACGAUUUGCACAACAGAUUGAUGCCCAUGAACUUGAACCAUGCUCACAUGGUUUUCGCCAAAUACGGCCAGUUUCACGGAAUUUCUUUGGCACUGAGGCACAAACAGUCUUCGGUAUUUCGCAACUUGACCAAGGACAUGACCGAUUUGUUUGGUAUUUUUUUAACUCAAGCGAACAUGAUCCCGUCGUUGCAGACGGAUUUUAAAUAUGCGAUGGACCUUCUAAGGAAAUUGGGAAGGUUAGACUUGGUGAGGAAAUACGAAAAAUGCAGAUUCUACGAAGAGAUGGAUAAGAUAGCGACGAAAAGCACGGAUCCAAGUGAUCCUGCUUCAGUCAUAUUACACGGUGAUUGUUGGAACAAUAAUUUUAUGUUUAAGUAUGAGGGUCUUACAAAGGAACAACCAACCGAUAUGGUUUUCAUUGAUUUUCAAUUAUCCAGGGUGGCUUCUCCCAUCUAUGAUUUGUCCUAUUUCUUUUACGCCUGUUGUGACAGACACAUCCAAUCAGAUCUAAUGUUUCUGUUAGAAGUUUACCACAAUAAUGUUACAUCCAUUCUAAAAUCAUUCGGAUGUAACGUUAACGAUAUUUUGCCUUUUGAAAAAUUAAUUGAUCAUUGGAAGACUUUCGGGAAAUACGGUUUAAUUAUGUCUUUGUUUAUUGUCAGGAUUGAAUUGUCGCAUCCAAAUGAGGCUCCGGAUCUUGCCGACAUUGCUGACAAAGGAAAUAUGGAUGAAUGUUUAUCAUUUAAAAUUGCUAACCAGGUGCAAUAUGACCAAAGAAUCUCAGACAACUACAUUCAAUUUGCUGAGCAGUUCUUGUAAACUGGAUUUAUUGCAGUGAUAUUAUUUCAGUAUUACUAUUUAUUUUAUAUUAAAAUAAAUAAGAUGAUAGUAUAUAUAUAAAUA